UGUCAGCCAGCCACUUGUCUCUGUCAUUGCUAAAGCUAUGAAUGUCCUAAUUUGCUAGUUCGUUGUGAACAUUCUUUAAUGUUCGUGAUCUAAAAGCAAAAGAUUUCUGAAAUGACAACUGAAAAUUUGCCCCUAACAAAAGCGGAUAUUCGAUGCUCUUUGUAACCAUAUCUGUCCUUAAUCAGCCUAGGGACCACAUUUGUUUUAUGGCACUUAGUCUAUCAAUGCAAUGCAAUGUAAUGUAAUAUCUGAUAAUAACAAUAUCUGUUGCAGCUCCACUCGGGAUCAUGGCACGGGUCUGGUUACCGCGAAGAUCUCAUCAGAAGGACCAACAAAAAGUCUCAUUGCCUAGCUGCAACAAUCUCUUCCGCUCGCUCCGCCUGUUUAUUCGUGAACCAUUUCCUUCAACGAGUGGAUUUCUGGGGAGGUUGCUUCCAGCCUCUGUGAGACAGGAGCUUACCAACGUAGCUGGCUAGCAAAAGCGAAAGCAACAUUUCAGAAGAUAACUGAAAUAACAGCCUUCAAAUAUACGCAAACAUUAAAAGAUUAUUGUGGACGCAUGACACGUCACACUGGCAUGUUGCUUAUCCAUGGCCCUGGGAGUUGACAGAAGGUUUCCAGAGCUGUUUUCUCAGAUGGAACCCAAGGAUUAUGGACGGUGGAAGACACGGAUCCCUGGGUAUACCCGAAAGAGCCAAUCUGGAUACAGAUCUGGUGUGCAGAUACCCAAAGAGAGGACACUAUCAACUUCAGGCCUACCUGCCAAAGACCAAGACAAGGAGAAGACCAGUCACAAGAAGACUGUCACCAUGGCACCUGCAUCCAAGUACCUCACAGGGAAGAGUCAGUACAUAAUGAGAAAGCCACUAUUUGCAACUGACAGCCAGACUUCAAUCCUCAAGAAACCUCAACCCCAGGAACACUCAGAGCAGGAAACUCAGCCUGAGGAGAGUUGCAGUAAAAUUGAUCUCCCUCAGGAUGCGGGGCGUCAGUCCAGAUCACCAGCUGAGGAGACCCAGGACAGCUUUAGCGUCCGUCCAGCUGACACCUCCUCUCUCUCGGCCUUUGGAGAGAACUUGACUGCACCCCUAACUACCUCGGACUUGAGGAGCUGGUCACCUCGUGACGAGUCCAUCUUUACUCCAAGGUCUCCAGCCAAUCGGCCCAGCCGACGCAGUCUGUCCAGCCCUCCCCUGGACGUUCACAGACUCACGGUGCAGGUGGAGCCCAGGUGGACUUCCUCUCAGAGAUCCUCCUCCUUGGAGGCCUACUCAUCUUCAUACUACUCAAAGAGGAGCAGAGCUAAGGCCAAACUGAUCCAGUCAGGGGAUGCAUCUGCAAAUCCUAGGUCAUUUCUCAGUGACAGUAGGUGCCGCCCACCUGCUUUCCAUAAGAUGUCCCCUUAUCAGGCUAACUACUGGGCGUGCGCCAUACCCAGCACCCUGCCUCCCUCCCCGGACAGAAAGUCCCCCAGCUGGGAUCCUGACAAGGAGUACCAGGCCCUCCUUGAUUACACAUACCCUCUGAGACCCAACCACCUCUCAGCCCUGGACUCGACGGACACCAGGUCGCUGUUGCGGACAGAUCCGCUGCUGGACUCGGGCAUUGAGCUGGACCGUUUCUGCAGCUCUUCCAAUCUGUCAUGCACGGAUCAGCCUCUGAACGGGAGGAGGUGGCGUGGUUUGGGAGUGGGACUAAAAGCCAUGGAGCAGCGGAGCCUGGCCCUGAAGGAGCUCUCACAUUCCAAGCCCUUAGACUGCAGAUUGUCCAGCAGCUGGCAUUCAUCUGUGGACCAAAUAGGGCUGUCCGUGGAAAGCUUGCUGGACACUGAAGGGAAGCAAGGCCAACGAUGGACACACUACCAAAAGCAGGGCGUCUCUUCACCCUCCGACAUGGGCCGUUCUUUCAUUCCGACCUCGCGCGUCUUGCCCGCUCAUGGGAUUCCCUUGGACUGCGAUGAGGAGUUCUACGCCCUGCCGGGGCAGCUGCAAGAGCUCCAGGUGUUGUCUGAGCACCUGCGUGCAAUCUCAAUACAGGUCAGCAAGCCCGUCAACAGCAGCUGGGAGUCUCUGGAGAAGGAGACAUGCUCUGUGAGGUCAUUGACAACGUUAUUGGAGAACAAAUCAGCAGAGGGGCCUGUGGUGGAGGAGGGGGAGGAGCCUGGAUCUGAGGCCCCCUGCAGCUCAGAGCUCUCGGCAGAGGUCCAGAGCCUGGAGGCCAGUCUACAGAGAUUAGGCAGCGAGGUCAACAGAAGCAACCUGAGGCGAGUGGCCUCUUUCAUGGGAAAUCUGAGCGGAGUCUCACUGUCUGAGUUCCAGAGGAGGACACCCACAGACCAGGAAGACACAGAGAGUAAAGAGUCACUCAUGUACCACAUCCAGUCGUUCUCCUCUAACCUGGAGGAGCUCAUCCUGUGGCUGUACACAGUGGUGGAGAAGUUGGAGAGCCUGGCUCCGCCCACUGCGGACAUUGACAGUGUCAAGGCCUCUCUCGCCGAUUACAAGAGUUUCCAGAGGGAGGUGACUGCUCGCCAGCCCCUGACGGCUGCCGUGCUCCACACAGGAGAGAUUCUCCUUCGCUCCAUGAACUCCACAUCCCCAGUUCUGAAAGACACCCUGGCGCAGAUCGAGAGGCAGUCGAGGGCCCUGGAAGCCCAUGCAGAGCACCUCUUCUCCUCCAUCCUGUCGGCCAUGGACAGCCUGACGGAGCCCAGCAGCACUGAGGCGGAGGAGCAGGUCACAGAGCCCUCUGUGAAGCACCGAGAUCUGAAUGAGAGUGGCUUUAUGGAGCAGGAAUGAGGAGGACAGAGAAUGACAUCACACAGAUAAGCCCUUCCAGCUCAGCGAGAGUUGCCUCAUGUCCGCAGAGUGCACUUAUUUUUGCCCGGCAGUUUACUUCUUUCUUGCUGCGAGCAAAACCCGCUGUCUUUAAUUAAUACUAUUGACAUGUCAGUUUUAUUUGAGUAUCAUCUUGCUGUGACCACUGUAUGUAUGCGUUUUGUACCACUAUUUUUUUUUAUCCUAGCUAGCUCCAGCAGUUACAAUACUAUGGGUUUUUUUCAAUGCAAGUGCAGAUUGUGCAGAUUUAUUGAUCUUUAAUUCUCUUGGAUGGAUCAUCCCACUCACUGUGCUUUGAACAACUUAAAAAUCCUAAAAAUCAAUGAAUCUGUGCAAAAUCUAGUAAAGAACAAGACCUAAAUCACCAACAGGAUCAUCUGGCUCCAACUUUUAGUGGUCCUGUCUAGCCAGGUAGUCCCGUUAAUAUUACCUAAAAGAGAAUAGGGCCACUGCAAUGUAACAGAAACAGAAACAGCUUUGUUCCACUCUUUGGGAAAACCCUGGAUAGGUUCCAAAAAUGAGUGUUCUGUGACCAUAGUGCCCAAGGAGGCCUGCACACCUGCAACUCCUGCUCACCAAGCAGGGAAACAGGAGACCGCUCCCCAGCGCCCCUACAGAGGAACUGCUGCUGCUGACUGUGGUGCACGUCAGAGCAGCCUCUGGAAUGUAAUUGUACUGUAGUGCUUUAAUGGGUGCCUUCUGACUCAUAUCUCUGCCCUGCACGCUGGGGAAAUGCUCCACUCACAGGGAGGACGUAUUCAUUCGUAAAGUACUGCUGAAGUAGUUACAUCACUCAACGAAAGACUGCAUGAAGCAAUAAUUACUGACUGGUGGGUUAUGAUUUUGCAGCUUUGUUCACCGGGCUUCCGUGGCAUUGUGAAUCAUGGUGGGAGUCCCAAACAACCCCUUAACCAUAAUGCAAAGCACAAUCACUGACACAUCUCUGUGGAGGUUGGUUCUCUUCCUGAAAUAA